AUGAUCAUCAAUACCGAAGGAGACUGGAAGUCAACGGUCAAGGCACCGCCCAAGGACUUGCGCAUGAAGACCAAGGAUGUCACCUCGACAAAGGGACUCGAAUUCGAGGAUUUUCAACUGAAACGCGAGCUGCUCAUGGGCAUCUUCGAGAAAGGCUGGGAGCAGCCGAGCCCCAUUCAAGAGGCCUCAAUCGGAUUGGCGCUGAAAGGGCAUGAUGUGCUUGCUCGUGCGAAGAAUGGUACCGGGAAGACGGGCGCUUUCGCGAUUCCGCUCAUCCAGAAGCUGGACGUGAACAAGCACAUCAACGUGAAGGUCAUGGUCACCACGGGCGGCACCGAUCUACGUGAAGACUUGAUGAGGCUGAGCGGUGUGGUCCACCUCAUCGUCGCUACGCCCGGUCGCAUCCUGGACUUGACCGAGAAGGAAGCAGCUGAUCUGUCCGAAUGCAAGACUGUCGUCUUGGACGAAGCAGAUAAGCUGCUCUCGCAAGACUUCCAGGGCGUGCUGGACCGCCUUUUCAAGUACCUUCCCAAGAAGGAGGAUCGCCAGACCAUGCUUUUUCGGCCACCUUCCCCAACAUCGUGGAAUCCUUCAUGCAGAAGCACA